AGGAGCUUCUGUAAAAUCUCGACCCGGCGACGUCAAUCACCAACCCAGCAAGCAAAGCUAUCCAUAACUAAACCAACGCUCUUUCGGCGCAUCCAUCAAAACCUCACGCCAGAUACAUCAUCUGAACCUUCUACUCGCUCACCCCCACGAAUCGCCAACAUGUCUUUCUUUGGAAUGGGCCGCCCUAAGCUCUCCUCGGAGGAGAAGAUCGCCAUGGCUGAGCAGGAGAUGCGUCUGCUGGCCGACAUGCACAACCGCCUAACCAAGAUCUGCCAAUCCAAGUGCCUCCCCGACUACCGCGAGGCCGACCUCAACAAGGGCGAGUCCGUGUGCCUUGACCGCUGCGCCGCCAAGUUCUUCGAGACGCAAAUGAAGGCGUCAGAUGUGAUGCAGAACGAGAGCCAGAAGAGAGGUGGCGGCGGUGGCGGCAUGGGAGGAGGCAUGUUCUAAACAGCAAAGCAGCGACGGUGUACACAGGAAUGAAGAAGAAAGCAUCACGGAGCUUAGGAAGGGAAACACGACAUCGCGUCACCGUUGGACGGCCGGUCUGCUCUCUGUAGCACUCCGAACGUAGCGGGAAUUAUGUAUAUCACGUAUGGGAUUAUUGAUGGGAGCAGGUUCCCGUAUCGUCAACGGUCCUAUUGUCACUGCACAGGGGCGUGGGAUACCUAGGGGAUCCGGACGUAUUUUGAAGCAUAACCCGCAACCGGGAGCUUCGUGUAUAAUAUGAGGGGCCACAGAGGUCCUUGGAAUCAAGAGAACUACCCUCACACCUUUCGCUUUUCUGCGCCUGUGGGGACCUGCUCCUGGUCUGGGUUGGCGUCUGGACGCGGUUGUGCCUGUGGUGUAACAACAAGACUCACUUCAUUGCUCGACAAGACGGACAGUGUUUUCUCUCGUCUCAGCUAAGUGGGUGGUUCUGGAUGCUCGCAGUGCACCCGACUUAAAGCUAUCAGGACCCCACACACCUCGUCCUAAGUCGUAACCAAGAUUUCGUCACAGACUCGUCUUUGUAAAACUCUGGGUAGGAAGCGAAAUCGAUGCAACUGAUCUCAAAGCACCUCUUGAGCUUAGAAAAAAACAAUCGAGCCUACACUUAAAAUUGCGAUUGUUCUGAAUCGAUC